AGCGAUGUGGAUGAAGAGGAGAGCGGAUCAAGCGGAUCAAGUAUCUCGCGUACCAAACAAGGUUCGCUAGUUGGUAUAGGCAACAACAUCAUGAAAUUCGUUUCUGUUGAUCACUGUUUCCACGAAGGUUAUAUCGACUGUGUUCCAAGAGCUGAUGUAAUCUUCAUACGCUUUGAAAGUUCACCGGAUGAUCCUUGGGCGAUUGAUCAGAUUGAUGUCGACAUUCAUUUUCGGUUGGGCAUCGGACCUGAAAAUGCAUAUCAAUGGCACUUCGAGCAUUCUGUUCUUCUUCCAUGUACUUCAUGGUUGAAAGAUGCAGCUAUGUAUCAGAUAGGCCCACGAAUUGGUCUCUUUGUCAAGCACGCAUAUCACUACAUGCCGAAGGAGAACGAAAGGAUUCGUGAUUGGCACAGUGCUGAUUUGGAGUUUUCCAACAAAGCUAACUACCGGCUUAUGUUUCGUGAUUGCGUAGAAAAUCCGAAAAUUUUGACGAGCUACUGUAAAACCAUGGCACUUCUGUAA